AUGUCCCUUGAACCAGGGCCACAGAGGCCAACCUCGCCAGAGAGUUCCGGCCGCGAAACCCCGAAUCCUGCUAGGCAGUGGAGGAACCAACUGAGUGCUGUGGAUGAUGCACCGACACGAGACAAAGCCUACCGAAAAUAUGCAGCAGGCGUCGACCGGGCUCUGACACUUUUCGAGACUGCGCUGCAGGAAUGGGCAGACUAUAUUUCCUUCCUGAAUAGACUUCUCAAAGCCCUCCAAGCUCGCACCCAAAGUAUACAGACCGUUCCUGCGAAAACCCUCGUUGCCAAACGACUGUCACAAUGUCUCAACCCAGCCUUACCCUCUGGCGUCCAUCAGAAGACCCUCGAAGUAUACAAUUACGUAUUUACGAUCAUUGGGAGGGAUGGCCUCUCGCGCGACUUGCCGCUCUACCUUCCAGGACUCGCGCCGACCCUUUCCUUUGCCUCUCUGUCCGUCCGAACCCCUUUCCUCGACCUUCUCGAGCGACACUUCCUCGAAUUAGACCCACGCUCUCUUCGGCCUGCUAUGAAGUCUGUAGUGAUGGCUCUGCUGCCGGGGUUGGAGGAGGAGACGGCUGAGGAUUUCGACCGGACCCUGAAGCUUCUAGAGAGCUUCAAGCAGGCCAUCAGGCCUCCAGGCUCAGAGGAAAUUACGCCUAUGCAUUCUAUGGGAGAUGACUACUUUUGGCAGUGUGUGUUUUUGGCCUCUAUCACUGGCCAAAGCCGCCGUACCGGUGCUCUGUCCUAUCUUGUCCGAAGCCUUCCCAAGUUGGGCCACUCAAUCUUGCCCGAGUCGCAUGAAGCAGCCUCGACAAAUGAUGCAGAAGCUGACCUGUCCUCAAAAUUGGCUCAACUCGUGACAACACCAGAGCCGGGCCUGCUACUGAGAUGUUUUGCUGCGGGCCUAGCGGACGAGCAGCUGCUCAUCCAACGAGGUUUCCUGGAUCUACUAGUGACACAUCUUCCUCUCCAUUCCAAGGUUCUCCAAAAACGUGUCAAGCAUGAGGACUUGGAGUUACUGCUCAAGGCUGCCGCUGGUGUGGUUCUCCGGCGAGAGAUGAGCUUAAACAGGAGGCUAUGGACAUGGCUUCUUGGGCCGGAGCCAUCUGGUGGCGAUCCAGAGAGUGGCGUCAUGUCCCCCCUUCCUCCCUCACCGCACCAGAACGGCACUCUUGUUACCAGGACACGCUAUUUUGAGGACUACGGGCUUGAGCAUCUGACCAGAGCGUUGCUCUCCCUGAUCAAAGAUGCACCGGAGACAAGUGCCAGCGAAAAGGCACGCCCGUACCGUGUUUGCCUUUCCCUUAUGGAUAGGUGGGAGAUCGGCGGCCUUGUAGUUCCCGAAGUCUUCCUGCCAAUCGUGAAUAGCGUCAGGAGUUUCAAGGACCGGGCGUCUAGCAAGACAGAAUUUGCAGAAGUGCUGCGCAGCGCGAGUACAUUCUUUGACGGUGUGGAGAGCGGUUUGAUCUAUGGCGAGAUACUCGGGCAGAUGGCACAGGCGAUUGGACCCGGAGACCUGACCUCCCACGAGCGAUCAGACAAAUUCGACCUGGUCCAGUUCAUUUUCAAACAUUUCAACAUCAAGGAGGAAGAAAUGAUCACUGUUCAUGCGCCAUUGACGGCUCUGGCGAUUCUCUGCAUGAUUCAGGACGCAAGGCGGAGGGAUGAAUCAGCCAAGCAGAUGAUGGCGGAUGACGGUUUAGUGGCCGCCGCACUGGGAAUUGUGGCUGAUCUGCUCGAUAUUGUACCUGACCGUGCGUUUCCGUCUAAAACAAAAGGGUCACCAUCGCCACUGAUACAAGCCCAAAACGCAGACCGCAUCCCAAGUCUGGACUUGUUACUCAAGAUCAGGGAUUUUUACGUUCAAGACCAAGGCAAUCUGGACGUCGCCAAGACACCACUCACUGGUCGCGAGGUCGGAGAACUACUUCUACAGCGGGCGUGCGAUUCGGGUUGUGACAGCCUAGUCCAGAAGGAAUCGCUCUCUGACCUGAGCGUUAAGUGCCGCAUCCUGAUGUUACUGGUUGCCAAAACGCCUCAGGACAUCCCGUUUGAUCAUGCUCGUCUUCUUGCAGCUCUGAACACGCGAGUUUCAGAGGAGUCUCUGCAGUUCACCGCCUACUCAUCCAUUCUUUCACUUUCCACGCGCCUCUAUUCUUCGAGCCGCAUCGAAAUCACCGACCUAUCAGAUCUUGCCAGCCCUCUCGUGCGCCAUGCCUGGUCUUUUCUCGCUGCUUCAGAGCCGCGGUACCACGUUGAGACCGUUCGCAGCCUUUGGCUGCUUCAAACCGUCUUGACACCACAGAGCCGGGAUAUUGAGGCGGCUCUCUGUGCGCUGAUGAGACAACACGACAUCGAUGGCACAUUCUCAGUUCGACCAGCCGAGUCUGGCAGAAGCUUCAGUAUACUCUGGUCUCACAGCCUGCAGGACAAUCCAUCCGGCCCAGACAGGAGGACACCAAAGACGCCAGUUGGUGAAGCCUGGUCGUUCCCUAGACUUUCCGGUAUCGACAACUAUGAAGUCAUGUUGACACGGCCACUCUUCCUCGUGGUGUUCUACAUUCUCACGUCGCAAUUCGUGCAGCUGCCUUUCCUGGUGAUGCCCUCAGAAAGAAUGAGUGCCUCGCACGAGGAGCCUGAACUGUUCACCGAAGAUGAUGACCUCGACCUUUGCAUAUACUAUCUGAGGACCAUCUCCAAUAUUUUCAGAUGGGCUCCAGACGCGAUCUGGGGCAUACUCGCGACCAAGACAAUAUACGCUGACGACUUCCCUGGUCUGCCACAAUUGACAAACACGGAAGAAGAUGUGCCGAUUCAGUUUUUCCUGUUGCAAGUCUGUCUCAGGUGCAUCUCACAGUACAAGGUUCCUGAGAAUCGCGAUAUUAAGAUACAAGUCACACAGCUUGUUCGGAGCGCCCUACUAGUCUUGCACCAGAUUCUCUUAAAUCCUUAUGCUGCUCCCCUCGCAAAGCUGCAGCUUGAAGAUGUUCUCAUCAACAGACUGGCCCAGUCGCUGGAGUCGCCAGAUCCCUAUGUGCAGGUCUUGUUGUUAGAUGUGGUUUACGCCUCACUGAAGCUCCGAGAGGUGUUGCCUGUCGAGCUUCCUCCCUCGCCCACUUCUGACAAGCGAAGACAAGGUGCUGAAGCACCAAGUCACCGGGGCUCUGUUUCCGCCGACAAAUCUCCACGUCUCCCCCCUCCGCCGCCGGCGCUGCUGAAGUGUCUGCAGGCUGGUCUCUCCUCGCCAAGCAGCCGUCCAGUCUUGGACAGCUGGAUCAGCUUCUUGACCGAAUGUCUGCCAUACUACGCAGACUCCAUAUUCCAGGUUCUCAUCCCUCUUGUGGGCACUUUGUGCGACCAGAUUGGAAGCACUUUUACAAGCCUGGAGCAGAUGUUCAGAGGCUCCGAGCACGAGUGGUCGGACAAGCUCAAUGCACCAGAGACGACCUUAAUAUCCUUCUUGAAUGGCUUGGAGCAUGUCCUAGCGAAAGGCCAUGAUAGGCUCCUGCUCGAAGAGGCACGCACGCCAGUAGUCAAGGGUCAGGACCAGCCGCAAGGCUUUUUUGGCAACAUGGUGUCGGGAGUUUUCUCCACAGAGUCCUUCCAUUCAAGAAGCGCUACAGCGAAUGAUCGAUUGACUGUCCUGCUGGCGUUUCAGGAUGCCGUCCGGAUCUGCUUCAAGAUAUGGUCAUGGGGCCAAGGCGGCGACGCGGCGGCCCAGAACAGUAGUUCUGUGGCUUCCUUCAGUUACACGUCUCUUCGCAUGAGGAACCGUGCACGAAGACUCCUUGAGCACUUGUUCGCUGCGGAAACCCUAGAGUGUCUAGAGACUGUCAUUGACAUAUGGAGGAAGUCUUUGGAUGACCCCGAGUCAUCUUCGCACAUCGAGGUCUUCAACCUGCUGCCUGCAUUGGAUGGAUCACGGCCGAAACACACCGUCCCCGCCAUAUUCAACUCCAUCUACAGCCGUACAAAUCCCAACGCCCUUGAUCCCACCAGGAAAUCAAACUUGACUGUCGACCUCCAAGAUACGGAUAUUGUGAUCUUCCUUGUGGACUAUGCCAAGUCUCUCGAGGAUGAUGCUAUGGACGAGAUAUGGCAAGAUUGCAUUACUUUCUUGAAGGACUUAUUGACGAAUCCCUUCCCACACAGGCAAACUCUCCCUAGCCUUCUGGAAUUCGCGGCGAUCCUGGGAGAGAAGGUUGACAACACCAAUUUUGGGGAGCAGCGCAAGAUGCGCCGAGAGCUUGGUGACCUCUUCCUUCGGCUGCUCACUGCUCUCUUCACAACGCGGCCAGUUUCUUCCUCAGACGGUGUUAAUGGUGCGUCCGAGAAACCUAAGCGCCUGGAGUCUGCGGGGCAACUUUCGCGGGAUCGAAACCCUCAAGAACGUGCCGACGACACGGUUGGCAUACUCUCGUCGAUCGUCCCCAACCUUCCAAAGAUCCUGGUGGAGAAUGACCGGGUGCUGCAAGCGGCGACUUCGAUCUCAGCCAGCGUGAUCGGCCCGGCUCUCCGCGCAAAGGCUUUCCCGGACACGUUCUCCCAGAGCACGCUUGUGUUAUUGCAGGAGCUCUCGAGGCUUCCAGGAAACCAAAAGACAUGGAAGAAAGACGUCACAGAUGCAUUCAACGAUACUCGCUUCUUCGGGUCCAGCGUGUCUCUCGUCCAGAGGGACUGGCUGCCACUGCUUAGGCAGUGGACAAUCACAGACAAAGACCGGAUGCCCGAGCUACUCAGCAGGAUCGCUGCUCCGACGACAGCCGGCAUAGUGUUUGGCGUCGGAGCAACAUCUGCCAGGCUGGAGGCCGACCGGAAGACCCAGCUCACGCUUCGACGGAUGGCGACUCUCAUUCUGGCAACGGCAGAGGAUACAUUUGUCACGGAAUUGCCGAGCAUUUUGGACAAGCUUAUUGAAUUACUAGCGGCAACCGCAACCUCGUCGCCAUCAUCCACAACGCGAGCGGAGCUGUUUAUGGUCGUGCGAGCGCUGGCACUCAAGACGAGCGCCAUACAUCUGGCACCCAUCUGGCCGGUGCUCAAUACUGAGCUGCAUGCUGCCAUCUCGUCGGUGGCUACGCCUGACCAUAGCUCUUCCUCGGAGACGUACAACAACCUCUCCGUGCUGCAAGCAUGCAAAUUGCUGGACCUACUCGUCUGUGUCGCCCCAGAUGACUUCCAGCUGCACGAAUGGUUGUUCGUAACAGACACGAUUGAUGCCGUCUACCGACCGACCAAUUACCAACCAUUCGCCCUGGUGGAUGAACUUUCCGAAGAGCUCGGGUCUGGCGUGGCAGGACCAAGUCCACAAGUCGAGGUCACGGCCUUUCUGACAGCGCAGGGCUCCGGAAGAAGGCCCCUGCUGGGAGACGGUGGGAUCAGGGAUGACAUUAGUAUCGAGAGGAGGGAGGAGCUGGUGGCCAAGAUCCUGAGACCAUUCUUUGGCCAACUCAGUAUCUUUGCGUUCGAGUCGACGUAUGCGAUGGGCCCUCUGGACCGGGAAGUCUGUAUCCAGGGGUUACUGAAGGACUUGUUUGACGAGGCGAGCAUCGUCAAACAACUAUAGGUACCAUGAGCAGUAGUCAUAGUAGUGUCCAAGGCUGGAGCUGGAGCUCCAGAAGAAACGAAGCAGUAGAUAUCAAAUCCCUGUGUCGGUACUGCACGUCUACCUG